AUGGCUCGGUGUUUCGUGAUGGCCUUGGUCCUUGCAGUUGGCGCCGAUGCCCGCCACUGCCUCUACGACAACAUGGGAUCACUGCAAAGCUGUGGGCGUGGUUGCUUCAGCCGACCUAGUGCGACACAGGCCUUUUGCGUGUCUGGCUGUUUGUCCGGCAAAGGUGUGAGCGGGGGCUGCUCGCGGUGCUUGGGCAACGGCUUCACGUGUGCCCUGCGCUCAUGCCGCUCGGCUUGCUCGGCAGGCCUCUCAAACUCCCGCUGCACAAGUUGCAUUGCCUCGAGCUGUGGGCUCUUCGCCGGCGCCACGAAAUCGGCAGCGAACGAGACGGAGGCCAUCGAGUCCAUGGCUGAGGUGCUGGUUGCCGUGCAGUCAGAGGAGUCCUCCAAGAACCUGGGCAAGCCUGAGGAGGAGGCAAAGCAGACCGAGAAGACCGAGGAGGCUGAGGCGACGCUCAAGGUGCAGAGCGCGGGCUGCUACGAAAACCAGGGACUUCUGAAGUAUUGCCAGGCCAGGUGCAUCCGUUCUGGUGCCCCGGGAAAAUGUUCCACCGAAUGUUUGAAUUCGCGAGGCACGAGCUCGGGCUGCGCGGCGUGCUUCGGUGAUAGGUUUGAUUGCACCAUCUUACGCUGCUGGAGCAAUUGCAGGUUCAGCAGCUAUUCUCCAGCCUGCACGUCUUGCGUCAGGUCCAAGUGUCCCAGCUGCAAUGCAGGCUCUGAGAAGUUAAUCGCUGAGACUGCGACGGCGGCUGUUGGCAAGACGGAGGCAGAGGUUUAUCCCUGA